CGUGACUUGGAGGAUGAGAAGGAUUGGAUUCGCGAGAAGCUUGCUCUCAUUCAAGACCAAGGCAAGAUGGCCACUAGCCUCUUGGCUAAUCAACAAAUGCAACGUAGGCACAAGAUGCUUACUAACGAGGUUGAAAACCAUGAACCUCGAAUUAAUGCUGUGUGUCAACAGGGAGAGGAAAUGAUUGGUGAAGGUCAUCCGCAUAGUGAGAAGUUCCGAGAGGGUAUUGAUGAGGUCCACGCUCUUUGGGCUGAACUCAAACAAGCUUUGGCUGAUAGACAAGCUGCUCUAGUCCAGAACGAGGUUGCUCAACAAUACCUCUUUGAUGCUAGCGAGGCGGAAGCUUGGAUGGGCGAACAAGAGCUCUACCUCAUGGGAGAUGAGAAGGCUAAGGAUGAGCAGGGCGCUACCAAUGCUAUGAAGAAACACGAACUCCUACAGAAAAUUAUUGAGAAUUACUCAAGUGAAAUCCGUUCCUUGGGUGAUCGCAGUCGUGCCAUGAUCGAAUCUGGUCAUCCUGAGAGUGAAAUUGUCGCCACUAAACAAUCACGGGUGGACAAGAUGUACGCCGGUCUUCAUGACCUUUGCCUUGAACGUCGUUUGAGACUUGAAGAGAUUCUCAAACUCUAUAGUCUCCUUCGUGAAAUUCUUGACCUUGAAGCCUGGAUUGAUGAACGUACUGUGAUCGCCAGUAGUCAUGAGAUGGGUGCUGAUUAUGAGCACUGCUGUCUGCUGAGAGAACGAUUUGCUGACUUUUCAAAGGAGACUAAUGAAUUGGGCAAACAUCGUGUUGCUGCUGCUAAUGAACUCUGCGAUGCUCUUAUAGCUCAAGGUCAUGGUGAGGCUGCAGAGAUUGCCAGUUGGAAGGACCGUGUCAAUGAGGCUUGGGCUGACUUGCUCGAGUUGAUUGAGACUAGUAUCCAACUUCUCAAGGCCUCUUGGGAUUUGCACAAGUUCCUCUGCGACUGUCAAGAUGUGCUAGAUAGAAUAGCUGAGAAAGCUGUUGCUAUUCCCGAGGAUAUUGGACGAGAUGCCAAAGCUGUUGCUGCCCUUCAACGCAAGCAUGCUGCCUAUGAGGCUGAGCUCUCACGCCUGGGACAACAGGUUGAAGAAGUGGUCGACUCGGCUAAUCACCUCCUGCCUAGCUAUGCUGGUGAAAAGGAGAGCAUAAUCUGCGAUCGUAGAGAUGAGGUGGUUCAGGCUUGGAGACAGCUCCAGUACUCUGCUGAACAGAGGAAGAUUCAUCUACUUGAUGCUAGCGACGUGCACAAAUUCUUCGCUAUGGUCCGUGAAUUGCAACUAUGGAUGGACACCAUUCGUACUGAGAUGACUAUCAAGGAGAAACCUAGGGAUGUGUCGGGGGUUGAGCUUUUGAUGAACAAUCAUAAGAGCCUGAAGGCCGAAAUUGAUGCGCGUGAAGAGAAUUUCAGUAUCUGCUUGAGUCUGGGAAGAACUCUUCUUAAUCGUCGUCAUCCAAGAGAAGAAGAAAUUCGUGACAAGUGCAUUCAGCUUGUUACUGAGCGUGUACUUCUUCUGGAGCAAUGGAACGAAAGGAAUGAGAAUCUUCAUCUCAUGCUUGAAGUUUACCACUUUGCACGGGAUGCUGCUGUCGCCGAAGCUUGGCUCAUUGCUCAGGAGUCCUUUGUCAAAAGUCCUGAUCUUGGUGAAUCUCUUGAUGAGACUCUGGCUCUUCUCAAGAAACACAUGGCCUUUGAGAAGACUGUUGCUACCCAGGAAGAACGAUUCAUUGCACUGCAGAAGGAAACCAUGCUUGAGUUGCGAGCCAAAGAACGAACUCCAGAGAGCGAAGCGGCGCACCGAAAGGCUAUUGACCAAAAGAUUGCCGAUGCUAGUCGUGAAUUCCAACCUCUUCCUUCCACCUCACAACCAACAGCUGCCGUUCCUGGAUCCUAUCAUGGGACUCCAUUGCGUCGUGGCGUGGAAACACCUACUGGACGCUCCCUCCGCGAGUCUGUUGAUUCUGGUCGACCCGCCCCGCACGAUUUGGAAGCUGUCCUUCAUCGCAAACACGAAUGGGAGACUGCUACAAAGCGGGCCUCAGGUCGAUCAUGGCAUGAACUUUACUUCGUCCUUAAUGCUACUCUCGGAACUCUCUCCGCUUACAAAGAAGCCCGAUCAGCUCACGAUAAACCAAGUCACACCUAUCAUAAAGAGGCCCCAGCUAGUCUAGCCGGUGCUGUAGCUGCUCCAGCAACCAACUAUGACAAGCGUCCAUGUGUAUUCCGAUUGAAACUCGCAAAUGGUGGCGAAUCUCUUUUCCAAUGCCCUUCGGAAGAUGAGAUGCACAAUUGGGUUGAAGCCAUUAAUGCUAUUGCUGCUUCUUUGCCAGCUCCAAUCACUGUUAUGCCACCAGCGACUGAGGAGGAAGAACAGCAGCAGAUUGAAGGGGCUGUUAUCUCACCUGUUGGUCGCUCUGCAACUCUCCCCUCCACAGCUCUCCAUCUCUCUGAACCCGGUACUGGUAGUGGACAGGCUCCCGCACCAUCUAAACCCAAACGGAAGUUCCUCACGCUUAUGCGGAAGAAGUAA